UGAUACGAUUCAAAUCCCACUCGCGUGUCGAUCAGGCAUAUUUUUUCUUCGCAAAACAAAAAUUGCAGCGGAAUCAUGUCGCUGUGCGUGUCAUCGCUCUGUUUGAUCCUGUUGGGAUUAAGUUUUCAGACAGGCGGCGGUGUUGCGGCAACCGAGCUGCACGACGACUUCCGCGUUUUCUUUCAGGUUGUUUCCAUCGACGAUGUUACAUCGCCUUUCCUCUACACGUACCAGGAAACUCCUGAGUUUGCCAGGAGUGUAGAUUUUUUGGUCUCCAGGGAGUACGACCAAUUGCUGGACGAGCUUUUUGAAUCUAUUUACUUUGAGGAGUACCGUGAUCUGCUGAUGGAGAACGGUGUGCCAAUGCAAGUGUGGAUGGAACGAUUUCGAGCGUUGACCCACGCACCGCCCUUUCCGGCGCGUUCGCCACUCACGCUCACGAGAGCCGGCUUGGAUAAGGAUUUUAUGCCGUUCAUCUACAACAUGAUGCCGUAUAUCAUUCUGACUGACAUCACGGACGUUUACUUCUACUUGAGCAGGACGAGUAGGCCGUUCAUGGCGUUUCUGCAGUUUCUUGCGUCGGAUGAGCACCAAAACACGCUCGGCUAUUUGAUCGAGUGUCCGCAGUUUCAGGCUCUUUGGAUGGCGCUCCUCGAGAAUGGGAUCGAUCUGCAGGAAAUCUUCAACUAUUUCUCCAAGGAAAUUGCUUUUGCCCAGGAUUUCUAACUUGUGAUAUUAAUACUUACCAGGAAAACCGUUUAAAUUAAUGUUCGCUAAAUAUGUUAUAAGAUAUUUAUGGCUCUGCAGAGCGAUUUUAUGUUAUUUAAAAUUGAUAGAAAAAGCUGGCAACAAAUAAAAGGGAAUUGGAAUCCUGCUGUUACUGUCACAAGACAGUGUGAUGAAAAA